AUGUCCAGCAAACAUACCUACGGCCAGAACCGCAACUUCCCAUCCCAGUCCUCCCAGGAACCAACCAUGUUGCUGUGGCUGAGUCUGCUGCUCUGCAGUGGGGCCUGCUGGGCUGAGCAUAUAUACGGGGCUUGCAUAGGGCAGAAUUUCAACAGCUCGGUGAACAACGAUUCUGACAUUAGCAACAUCCAGGUGUCUUUCGGCACUUUUGGCAUCAUGAAGGGCAUUAGGCUGAAGUUCGGAGACGUCUGGGGUUCCUGGUAUGGUAUGAAUGGAGGCUCGUACGAGGAGGCUGAUCUGAGGUCCAAUGAGCACAUCGUGGCUGUCUCUGGCUCCAGGAGAGUGUACAUUCGCUCCCUGACUUUCUACACCGACCAUGGCCGCAAAUUCUCUUUCGGAACUGAGUCUGGAAUUGGCUUCAUGGCAUACCCGGACAGCCAUGGGAAGGUGCUCACAGGCAUCGUUGGCAAGACGGAGGUCCUGGGUAUCUGUGGCAUUGGCUUCAAAUGGGAUGACCCUGUGGUGCUGCCAACCGAGGCUAUUGACUACAACGGCACAGACACCAAUUUUCCAUAG